GCCGCUUCUUCCUGCUUCCCAGGCUGCCCGGCGGCUCCGGUUGCCGGGGAACGCAGGCGCCUUGGGAAGGGAUGGCGGGAGGCUACGGCUUAGGCGCUGGAGCGGGAGUUCAGUUGGUGAAGAAGAGCUCUGGCUCGUCAUGAAACAACGAAAAGGCGAGGGGCCUGUGGGCGUCCGUGGCCGCAAGAAAAGAGGUUUGAGUGACAUUUCUCCAUCUACAAGCCUACCACCACUGGUUGAAGGCCAGCUACGCUGCUUUCUGAAACUUACGGUCAAUAAGGUCAUAUGGAAGAUUGCAAAGCCUCCCACUUGUGUACUUGUCCGAGUGAGAUGGUGGGGAGAAACAUCAGAUGGAACCCUAUUUUGUCCUAGGGACACAUUGCAGACUGAACCAAAAGCUGUGAGAACGACUACACGUUAUGCUGUUCGCUGUGGUCCAAAGCAGUUUACCUCUUAUCUAACUGAUAUGGCUGUGCUGGUGCUGGAAGUAAUCACCAAACUUGAUCAUCUUCCAAUUGGUAGAGUUCAGAUCAGUGGACUAGCCCAGCUUUCUCCAACUCAUCACAUCAAUGGAUUUUUUACCAUUGUUUCACCAACAUCCAAGAAACUUGGAGAACUCCAGGUCUCACUUGCCCUGGAGCCUCUGUCAGAAACUUAUGACAGCUACAAUCCUCUUCCUACUACCGAUGUGAAAGAAAAUGUGCUUUUAUCUGAGCAGGAAUUCAGAGAAUAUACUGAACCCAGCAGUACCCAGUUUCUGGUUCCAUCAAGGCCCCAUAGGAUGCCUACCACCAAAAUUGAUGGAAAAGAGUUAGCAGCUAACAGUAGUAGAUCAGCCACUCCAAGGGGAAAGGACCACUUGUACUUUGCAGAAAACUCAGAUACAAUAAAGGACUCUUUCUUUGGACUACAACACCAUCUUAAUUCAGGACAGAGUUUAGAGUCUAUGACUCUGAAAGGCAAGGCCCCACAGAAGCAGAUGUCCCUUCUUAACAGUUCUGAAUUCCAGCCUCAAAUUAGGACAGUGGCCAAGAGUCACAGUGACUCAUGCAUUCUUUCUUCAAACAACCCCCCUACCAAGGACCUUCUCUCAGCUCUGUUAGAACAAGGCAAUAAACUGCGUAAUGCCAUGGUGAUUUCUACAAUGAAAUCAAGCCCAGAUACUAGCAUGUUGUUGGAUGAAGUUCAUCCUCCUAUGAAGGAGGAUUUUCUUAAAGCCUCAACACAAAUCAAAGCCUUGUCUAGGAACCAGUUUAAAGACCACAUAGAAGAUCACCUCCUCCCUCGGACUGAGAAUACAUUUUGGAAACAUGACACAAAAGAUGAUACCAGAGCUAUACAGUUGCUAUUGGGCAGUGCUGAAUUAUCCCAAGGUCAGUACUGGAAUGGGCUAGGCUCUCCUCCAGAUUCCCCAUCUCCUGGGAGUGAUGUGUAUUGUAGCAGUGAGCUGAAUGAUCCUCAGUAUGACCAGAGUCUCCUGGAGAGCUUAUUUUACACAGCACCUAAAUCUGAUAGCAGCAUCAGUGAUUUCUUCAGUGAAGAUGAUACUGUCCCUUCUAAAAAAAUGAACAAGUCAAAAGCUCUUGCCAAAUCUCCUAAGGUUGUGGAGUCAAAUGAUCUUAAGUUGAAGAAAAGCGCAACAGGCAAGAAAAAUAGAAAUUUGGUUGAACAGCAAAUGAUACCAGAAACUCCAGAAGAUGCCCAAGGGAUGACACUAAGUGUGGAUAAAUUGGCCCUUUUGGGUAGAACACAUUCAGUCAGAAUCAUCAUCGAAACAAUGGGAGUUCCUCCAGAUAGUCCUCAGAUGACCUCUGGACAAAAAAGUUUUUCUGGCAGACCACCUAAGCUGACAGCAACAAAAAAGCGCACCUUCUUUGUGGAAUAUCACUUUCCUGUGGGCUUUUCUAAAGGUGGAUUGGGAAAGACAGCUUUGAUCACCGAGGUUGUUCGACUCGCCUCCAGUAAAAUUACAGAUGGAAUGGUGAACUUCCAGCAACGAUUUGUGUUUCCAGUACAGUUUAGUGGCCCAAUGAUAGAACACUGGUGGAAUUCCAACCUCAGUUUCCAAAUUUACACAAAGAAAACCCCACAGAAAAAGCCAGAAGUCAUUGGAUCUGCCUCACUGCCUUUACGAACUGUCAUUCAGUCUGAGUUGCUUUCUUUCAGUAACCAGCUUCCAGUGCAACAGAAGAAUGGUCAGACUCCACUGGGCCCCCUUAAGGUAACUGUAGAGCUUGUUAUAGAUAACAAGGAUUUCACUGGUGUGAAUACUAAAUUAAGGAGCAGCGCCCAGCAUAGCCCAUGUGCUCUUGCAAGUCCAGAUAAGACACUAUCAGAACCUGGUCAAUAUGUUACCUGUACCAAAAAUCCAGAGAACCUAAAUCAAAUUCAAAAAGAAGCUGCAAAGAAAGUACAAAAUUUGGUGCUCCCCAACCCAAAGUCACCAAGCCCUGUUGCACCAAAUCCUCCAACCUUCAUGGCUGUGCCAGCCUCUCACAAUUUAGCACAUCAGACAAAUGGGUCAACAAAAGAGACUGCUUUGCUGUUGCAUGUGCUGUUGAUGGUGCCAGAUGGGAAAGAUUUCAUUACUGGAGAAUCUGACAAACAACCACCGUGCAAUAUUUAUUUAAAUUGCAAACUUUUCAGCACAGAGGAAGUCACCAGAUCUGUCAUCGCAUGGGGCACAACACAACCAGUCUUUAACUUUUUUCAGGUGAUUCCUGUCUCUCUGUCUUCCAAAUACCUGGAAAGGCUGAAGAACAAUGUGAUGGUAAUUGAAACAUGGAACAAGUUGCGGAGCCCAGGACAGGACAAGUUGCUUGGGCUGGUGAAACUCCCCCUCCAUCAGUUUUACAUGUCAUUCAAAGAUCCCAGAAUUUCUCGCCUGCUGCUUGAUGCUCAGUACCCAGUUGUUGCUGUUGACAGCUACAUGCCUGUGAUUGAUGUGUUCUCAGGCCACCAAAACGGGAGUCUUCGUGUCUUUUUAGCCAUGGGUUCUUCAGAUCAGAUAAUGGCACUACAAAGAUUAAAGAAUGAAGAAGGAACACUUCCUCCCUUCAGCCCUAGGCCAGCCCAUUUUCUGGAUCAGCCAUUUAUAGCAUCUGUUAAUAUGGCAGAGGACCAAAGAAAUGGAUUGAUGGAGCAUCACUUUGAGCUCCAUGUAGAGAAAGUUAAAGGGCUAGCCCCUCUUCAGGCAACAGUCUGGGGAGAAGCAGAUUGUUAUGUCCAGUACUACUUUCCAGUUCAAGACUCCCAAUCCAGUGUGCUAAAAGGACCUGAGUUCCCUGAAAACGGAAUCUCUUUGAAGCCUUUCAGAUCUGCAACCACACUCUGUGUUCCAGAUCCCAUCUUUAAUAGUGAACACCACCACUCUCUUCUGUUGCCAACUGAAGUUCCAGUGCAAAGGCUUCUACUGAGUGCCUUCUCUGCACAAGGGCUUGUGCCUGGAGGUGGAGUCCAGUUUGAAGUCUGGUGCAGAUACUAUUAUCCUGACGUGAGAGAUCAGGUGGUUGCCAAAGGAACCUUGCCAUUAUCAAGGAUCUGUGCCAUGGUAACCAUGCAGCACCGUGAGGAUGUGGGAAUACAGACCUUUAAUCUCCCUUUAACCCCCAGGCUUGAGAACAGGAAAGAACUGAGGAACCAGUCAUCAGGUUUACUGGAUGUGGGCCUAAAGUACAGGUGUACUCCCAGAACAGCAGAGGGAGUUCUUGCUGCCCGAGCUGUCUCUAUCUCAGUCCAGAUUAUCAGAGCCUGUGGUCUGCAAGCGGCAGCCAAGGCUCUGGCCGAGCAGGAACCCGCUCUACAGUUCAGUGCCACAGUCGGGGUCAAUGCCUUUGUCACCACUCAUCUCUCCUUCCUGCCCAAGGGAGAACAGCGCCGAACCCGCCCUGUGGCCUGUUCCUUCUGUCCUGAGUUCUCCCAUCACGUUGAGUUUCCAUGUAACUUGGUGACUCAGCACUGCAGUGGAGAGACCUGUUUCCUGGCAGAACUGUUGGAAUUUGCAGAGGUCACUUUUGCUAUUUAUCAUGAAGAUACUAAGUCAGGCAGUGAUAUAACCAGUAUUCAGUUAUUCAGAGAUUAUCUGCUUGGAGUAGUAAAGGUUCCAACAAAAGAGCUGCUGGUCAAGAGAUCUGGGAUCACAGGAUGGUAUCCUAUCAUUUUGCCAGAGGAUGGGGCCCUGCCUCACGGUUUGGAGCUCAUGCAGAAGAUCGUGGGUGGCCUGGAGCUUUCAGUUUCCUUCACGCAUCCUGGAGAUAGAGAGCGGGUGUUGGAAGCUGCUGAGCUAUUGGGCUGGAGCUUUGAGAAUAAUCUGAAGAAUCUUGUCAAGAUGAAUGAAGAGGAACCAGCCACUGUCACCAUAUCCACCCCAAGGCUCUGGCUGCCCAUCCAUUGUGUGCUUCUUGCCGGCCAGAACCACAUUCAUAAGAACACAUACUGUUACCUCCGCUACAAACUGUAUGAUCAUGAGGCCUUCUGGACCCCUCUUAAGAAGCCUAAGGAAUCUACAAACAAAAAACAGGUCAUGGUUACUUUCAAGGCAUCCAAAAGAGCAGAAGUCACUAGGGGCCCGUCACUGCUUUGGUAUUUCAGGGAGGAGAGGUUAGAGAUCCAAGUGUGGCGGGCUUAUGGCAGUGACAGUGUGGAGAGGCCCCACCAGAUGGACAGUUGGAUUGGUUCAGCCUAUGUGGACCUGGCCAGACUUGGGGAGAGGUCAGCAAGGACAUUAACUGUCAGUGGUGUGUAUCCUCUGUUUGGACGAAAUGCUUCCAACCUCUCAGGAGCUGCCUUGCGAGUUCACGUGGUUCUUUCCUCUCCUUCCCCACACCCUGGGCCCGCUCCUGAGAUGGAUUCUGUGGAGUGCAGCAGCCACAGUGAGUCUGAGCAGUUCCCCAGAAGGAAUGAUGAGAUUCAGCUCUCUCCGAGAUCACCUGGCCACCAGAAGUCUCCUGCCUCCACCCAGGUCCCCUGCAACAACACCACAAAGGAAAUCUGCCCAGCUGAGGAGGGCCCUGCCAAGUUGGAUGGAACUUUUGCAGUCAGUAUCCUGGUAGAAAGAGCGAUGCAUUUGAGCUUAAAAGGGAGUCCCUUGACCGAGCGGAAAGUAUUGACACCCAGUUGUUGUGUAUCCUUUGCAACGGCUGAUGAUCCAUCUCCUAUCUACACCCAAGUGGUUGAAAACACAGAUUCCCCCAUCUGGAAUUUUCAACAGCAAUCAAGGCUAUCAAAAGAGCUUCUUUUGGACCCUCAACAAACUCUGGUCUUCAAAGUUUGGCAUAAAGGAGCCUCUGUCAGUGGCAAGACUUGCCCAGCCACACUGCCCAGCUCUUCUCUUUCCCCCACAGAUGAAGAGAGGGUGAUUGGCUUUGCCUCGGUGGACCUCUCCCCACUUCUUUCUGGCUUCCAGUUUGUCUGUGGCUGGUACAACAUCACAGACUUCAGUGGAGAGUGCCAGGGGCAGAUAAAAGUUGCAGUCUCCCCUCUGGAGAGUGUGAUGCACUUCAAAGAAGAAAGACAAUCAAGACGUGGGGUGGAGACCCCAGGAUCCCUGAUCCCAAUACAUAGCCCUUUUUCCUUCCCUGCCUCUGAUAUGUAUGCUGCAUUCCCCAGCUGCAUUGCAAGAUGGACCCCAGAACAACUUGCUCACACCUCAUCAAGGGAACUCGAUUUCUCCUCUCCUGAGAGAAGUGGUACCGCAAGAAGUCAGGCAUCACGCCAUGAAGAGCAUGUGCAGAAUAUCCGCCGGUUUCAUGAAUCCCUGCAGCAGGGCGAGGCAGUUUUGCCACGUGAUGACAAACUGACCACAUUGCCUUUGUCCUCCCGUACUUCCAUUUUGACUUCUCUCAGGAGGAAUCUGAAUGAGCUAGAUCAGAUCCAGCAGUACUUCAGUCAGAAGCUCACCAAGCCUUUACUUCCCCUCAGUGCUCAGACUCAUACCAUCUUGCAGUGUCCAGAGAGCCACAGGGACCAUCGUGGGCCUGGAGACAGCAGCCUAGACCCAGAGAGCCAGUGCAUCCUGGAGAAAUCCAAUAACCUGGUGUUGCAAGUCAGCUCCUUAAUCACGGAUCUGCAGACUAUCACCAAGAAUUCUCAAGCAUCUUUGGGUUCUCACCGAGCCAGGAGUAGAAGCGGAGAGGUUCCCACCCUACCAGAUGCUCAGGACACAGUGGCCAUGCAGGAACGAAGCACAACUCCAGACCUGCCAUUGGCAAGAGCUCCGGAUGAGGGCAGAAACCACCUAACUCCCCCUACUCUUGAAGAGACUUCAAGCGGAAGAGGAAUGCUCCAUGAGUCCCUGGGGCACACAGUACCCAUUACAAGGAUGCAGAGCAGUGAGGAAACUGAGGCAGGCCCAGCCUACAGUGAUGAGGACUAUGAAGAAGACAUCAUUGAGCCCAGGACACUCAAUGACAUUACCACCGUGACAGACAAAACUAGCCCUUGGUCCAGUUUCAUGUCAGACGCAAGUGAGAUCAUCAGCCUUCAGCCUGAUGAGGUGCCUAGGGAAGGCCCUUCUUGUCCUUCUUCAAAGCGUUUCCCCAGAGAGGAGCUCAAGGGUAAAAGUAGCCCUCUGUCCAGCCCAGGGAGGGCAGUCCACCCCCACCUGCUUAGGCAGGGUUCUCCUAGCCAAAGUCUUACUGCUUGUGAGGGUGAAGCCUCUCAUGCCAGGGAUGGAGAGCCUGCUUCAGCAGACCAUCAAUUCGUCUCACAAGUGACACUCUCAGGAGCCCAACAGAGCAACACCUCUGUUGGAUUGAGCUCACCAAGAGCAGACCAGGACCAGGAGCCCAAGCCAGAGGCCCAGACUGAGCAUGAGGCUGCCUCCAGUGAACUAAGUGAUUCUGCUGAUAGCUUCGAGAAAUUCCCUCUUCACCUAGCCUCCCAGAGCAGGAAGGAAAGCCAUCAGGCGCUACCCAUCAGCUGCCCUGACAUCAGGCAGAAGCAGGCAACAUCUGGAUCAGAGGUGUCCCCAAGGCAGAGCCUCCUGCCAGAGCCCAUUGUGGUGCCCAACUUCUUUUUGCCUCCCCAGCAGUUGGAGGCCUCCCUGCGGAUGCUGUCAUUCUCUGCAGCUUUGCCACCACCAGCCACAAGAGACCAGGACAAGAGUGAGGCCUCCAGCAGAGCCUUGUCCAGAAGGCCUUGUCGUCCCAGACCUAACUCGCUGCCUCCCAACUUGCCUGAGGAAGAAACUCGCAGGAUUGCACGGAUAUUUUCUUCCCAAUACUCCCAGAAAGACUAAUACAGACUGAAAGACAAAGGGAAGGAUCCACCUGCCCACCCUCCUUUGGCCUUGUCCAGCUUGCAUGAGGCACAAGAUGUGCUUCCUUCAAGGCCGUGAGAACCCUGAAACCACCACCAGCCUAGUCCAUGGGUACCUUGAGACCCAUUCAGCGCAGCCUGGAGGAACAUCCCAAACCAGUCCAAAUUCCACCUGCUAGGAUUUCAACUUCUUCCUUCUAAACAAAAUGGAUUCCAGUACCCAAGUGGAACCACCCAUCUUUUGACCAAGGGACCCAAGCAGGCAUCUCUCAGUUGAGAACCUCCUUCCAGUGUCCUUGAUAGCCUACUGCUGACAUGAGCCCACCUUCUGCCUGAAUAUCACGGGCCAUUUUUGCCUUAAAGUUUGGGUGGGGUAGAGGAGGGGGUGAAGAUUGUGUGUGUUGUGCAUAGCUGAGGAAACCUAGGGCCACCUCCAAUUGAUUUGCUUACAGAUAAGGGUAUUUUAUAGAUAUAAAUUAUUUUUAUGCUGUGUUGAAUCAAUCAAUAGAAAAGGAGGGGAAAAUCACCUCCUUCAGACUUUUUAUCUGAUUAUCUGAGAUUCUAACCAUGCUUUUAACUUAUUGUUUUUACCCAGCUCUGAAGGUCAUUGUUUCUGCCUGUGUUUGAAUAAAAUCAUAUUGGUA